UGCCCUUAAGCGGGGACCUCGCUAAAAACGCUCAGAGCCGCACGACCGUCCAAUGAUGGCAGUGCCUGCCACUGGGAGAAGGGGACAGCCUGGCGAGGAGCGUGAGGAGUCCCGGGUCCGCAAGCACUGAGUCGCUGGUGAAGCUCGGGAAAGGGGCCCUGGUGACAGGCCGUGAGGAAGCGAGCUGGGACAGGGACUGGAAAACCCACAGAAGCGCAACAGUGUGCCGAACGCGUUCCCCACUCGGUCACAUUCGCUUUCAUGACUUCCUUUUGGUGCAGGAAUUGAACGAACCAGAGUGGAACCCGUUCCACUCUCCACGUGCCCUCUGCGGAGCUGACGUGGGCGGUACCGCGAACCCGGAAGAGGCCGAGAACAAGGAAGCGGGGCCUCAAAGGGAUUGGCAGUGUCAGGCCCCGAGACCGUCUCGGAGACACGAACUUCCGGUUUCUUCCGGAAGUGGCGUAAGCUCCAGGCCACACCCCCGGCAGAGACGGAAGUGCAGCUACCCUGAGGCGUUUCUUGUCGCCUCCGACUCCCCAGCCUAGCCUCACCCCUGGGCCCAUGGCCGCCUACCCCUACCGCCCGGGCCCUGGGGCCGGCCCCAGCCCCGGCCCAGCCAUGGGCGCGGCGCUGCCGGACCAGAGCUUCCUGUGGAACGUCUUCCAGAGGGUUGAUAAAGACAGGAGCGGUGUGAUAUCCGACAAUGAGCUUCAGCAAGCACUGUCCAACGGCACCUGGACUCCAUUUAAUCCCGUGACUGUCAGGUCAAUCAUAUCAAUGUUUGACCGCGAGAACAAGGCUGGCGUAAACUUCAACGAGUUCACAGGCGUCUGGAAGUACAUCACAGACUGGCAGAAUGUCUUCCGCACCUACGACCGGGAUAACUCGGGGAUGAUUGACAAGAAUGAGCUCAAGCAAGCACUCUCAGGCUACCGGCUCUCUGACCAGUUUCACGACAUCCUCAUUCGAAAGUUUGACAGACAAGGACGGGGACAGAUUGCCUUUGAUGACUUCAUCCAGGGCUGCAUCGUCUUACAGAGGUUGACGGAUAUAUUCAGACGCUAUGAUACAGACCAGGAUGGCUGGAUUCAGGUGUCAUAUGAACAGUAUCUCUCCAUGGUCUUCAGCAUCGUAUAACACUGGCCUUUUACAAAUAGCAACAUGACUUGCAGGAAAAAAAGACUGAAAAUGCCAAAUCUCUUACAUUUAAUGAAACGGAGCAUGGAUACAGUAGCUGCUGUUCUUCCUUUAGAUUUUAUAUAAUUAAUAUUUGGGGACCCAACUGUACAUAUGUGGAUAAGCUGAUUAACAUUUUUGCAGUCAUAACAAUAGUCAUAUCGUUAUUCACAUAUAGGCAUUUGAUUUGGGACUGUUUGUGCCAUGAGGUAAGAUAUAAUAAUGGUUCGGAUACUCUGCAUGUAAAACAUUUAUCAUGUGCUUUUCUAUAUAGCUCUAAUUCUACAGUGGAAAUACUUUUAUUAGCCAAUAGGAAUUUUAAAAUUACAUGGAACUUGCACAGAAGGCUUUUCAUGUGCCUUACUUUUUAAUAAAGGGGUUUAUUGUAUUUAUUUGAAUGUGCAACAUAAGCAAUAAAGCAAUGUACCCCUG